GGGAAGGGUGUUCAGACUGACAGUAGGACUCGACAGAGACAGCAGCAGGUUCCACCGUGCCCGACUUGCGGACGACUUCAUCGCGGAGAGUGCCACAUGGGCCAGGACAUUUGCUACUACUGCCACGAGCUUGGACAUUUUGUGAAUCGCUGUCCGAAGAGACUUCAGCAGCAGCCCCAGCAGCCUCAGCAGCCACCACAGCAGCAGCAGCCCCGUCAGCAGGCUCAGAGGCCGCCUCAGCAGCAGCAACAGAGGGACAGACAGCAGGCUCGAGUCUACGCGGUUGAUCAGGCCGAGGCAGCACAGCAACCAGGUACUAUGUCAGGGAUGGUUGUGCUAAAUAAUAUUCCUGUUUUUGCUUUUUUCGAUACUGGAGCAACGCAUUCAUUCAUUUCACGACGAUGUCUUGAUGCCAUUGGAGUUCAUACCGUUACCGCUGUCGAUCCUCUCGAGGUGAGUUUAGCCUCGGGACGAAAGAUAGUGACUUCAGCUAAAGCCUCAGAUCUCAGCCUUUCCAUCGGUGGUCGUUCAUUGUCUGUCGACGCAUAUGUUCUUGAGAUGAGGGACUUUGACCUCAUUCUCGGGAUGGAUUGGCUAUCCUUUUAUCAUGCAGAUAUCAGAUGUCAUGACCGGGAGAUCACUCUUUAUCUUCCGGGAGACGAUUCAAUCACCUUCUUUGGCAGCAAGAAUCGUUCAUUACCUCAUGUUGUUUCAAUGGCGAAAGCUACCAAGUUGCUGCGACGAGGAAACUGCCAGGGUUAUCUGGUGAGCCUUGUCGAUGAUUCUCAGAAAUCACGAUCACCUCACGAUGUCCCAGUUGUUCGUAACUUUGUGGACGUGUUUCCAGAUGAGCUUCCAGGAGGACCGCCUAACCGGCAGGUGGAGUUCUCCAUCUACCUCAUUCCAAGAGCCGGUCCAGUAUCCAAAGCCCCAUACCAUAUGGCGCCAAAGGAGUUGCAGGAGCUUAAGGCGAAGAUUCAGGAGAUAUUACGACUCGGUUUCAUCCGACCGAGCGUGUCACCUUGGGGAGCACCCGUUCUCUUUGUCAAGAAGAAAGACGAAUCCAUGCGCAUGUGUAUCGACUACCGGGAUCUUAACCGGUUGACGAUCAAGAACAAGUAUCCGCUUCCCAAGAUCGACGACUUAUUUGAUCAGCUGAGGGGAGCCUGUGUGUUCUCAAAGAUUGAUUUACGAUCAGGCUACCACCAACUGAAGAUUAAGGAGUCAGAUAUCGCUAAGACCGCUUUUAGGACUCGUUACGACCAUUACGAGUUCUUCGUCAUGCCAUUCGGUCUCAGCAAUGCUCCAGCGGUUUUCAUAGAUCUAAUGAACCGUAUUUUCCAUCCCUACCUCGAUCAGUUUGUUAUUGUCUUUAUUGACGAUAUUCUUAUCUACUCGAAGAGCCAGAAGGAGCACGAGGAGCAUCUGAGGGUAGUUCUUGAAACCCUCAGACGAGAAGAGUUGUUUGCAAAAUUCUCCAAAUGCGAGUUCUGGCUCCAACGAGUAGCCUUUCUGGGUCAUGUGAUUACUCAGGCAGGUAUCU